CAGAUCGACUGUUAGUCGAGACAAGUCAACAGAGUCGCCACACCGUAUGAAGUCGGUGCGCGUGCUCGUGCUCGUGCCCCGUAGCUCUGCUGCGCGCUCUCGACACCAUGUCGCCAUUUUGAUUCGAAAAAUAUGACAGAGUUUUUCCUGCCUUGCAUGCUAAAGUUAGCCUCGCGUCCGAAGUACUUCGUGCGAGAGUUCGAAUCCCACUCUCCCUCUCUGGAGUAGCAGCUUUUGCUUCUAGUGUCAAGCAGCCGGUGACGUCGGGGAACUCUUUUAUUCGGUCGACUUCAAAGCAACAUCUGGCUGACGUUAGCUAAGUUGAGCUAGCUACAGUAGCAGCGCUGUCGCAGGCUGACCCCUUCUUCAAAACAAAUCACUAUUCGCUCAGGCUAAUGCGCGUUAGCUAGCGCGGGUAGCUCACAGUUAGCCGCAGAGCUAGCGACUCGACAGUCCACCGACAGUCCACCGACAGUCCGCCACAGACGGCAGCAGCAGCGGGUUCCGACCACAGGUAUUUAAAAACCUUUGUGGUUGCAGAGCUGAUGAGACAUGAGAAGGAAAUGAAAUCAAAUGUUAGGCGCAGGGGUUAUGGUGAGCCUCUCGGUGUCUCAUCUCCUAAAGAGGCCUGCAUUUUAAGAGGAGACCCAUGCUGAUAAAUGCCAGGCCUCGCCACACUCUUUGUCGUCUGCACAAAUACAAAUGCCUGCCUGCCCGAGCGGGAGGUCUGAUUAAAGAUAUCCACAUUUCAUCCACUGGGCUGUGUCCCCCGUCCCAGCGGCAACCAUGUUUUGGAAGUUUGACUUGCACACCACCUCCCAUAUCGACCAGCUGCUGGACAGGGAGGACGUGACGCUGAGAGAACUGAUGGAGGAGGACGACGUCCUGCAGGAGUGCAAAGCCCAAAAUCGUAGAUUGCUCCUCUUCCUCUCCCAGGAACACUGCAUGCAGGAGCUGGUCAGCCUCAUCACCACAGAGCCGCCUGCUGACCUGGAGGAGAGGAGCCGAUUCAAAUUUCCCAACAUUGCUUGUGAGCUCCUGACAUCAGAUGUGUCCAUUAUAAAUGAUAAGCUGGGCGGGGAGGAGUCCCUCCUCGAGAUGCUCUACCACUUCUUGGAGCAGGACCCGCCCCUCAACCCGUUACUCGCCAGCUUUUUCAGCAAAACUAUCGGCAAUCUCAUUGCCAGGAAAACCGAACAGGUGAUUACCUUUCUGAAGAAAAAGGAAGGCUUCAUUGGUCUGGUGCUGAAACAUAUUGAUGCCUCCGCCAUGAUGGACCUUCUGCUUCGCCUCAUCAGCUGUGUAGAGCCUGCCCCCUUGAGGCAGGAGGUCCUCCAUUGGCUGAACGAGGAGAAUUUGGUACAGAGACUCACAGAGCUCAUCCAUACUGGCAAAGAUGAGGAGAGACAAUCAAAUGCGUCCCAAACGCUUUGUGACAUCAUCCGCCUUAGUCGAGACCAGGCCAAUCAGAUGCAGGAGAACAUGGAGGCUGACCCACUAUUGGCCGUACUAGAGUCGCAGGAGAGUGUGGCGGGGCUCCUCAAGAACUUAUUUGAGGGGGAGAGGAGCGAGGCCUCCAUCGUUAACGGAACUCAAGUGCUACUUACCUUACUGGAGACCAGGAGGUCUGGGUUGGAAGGGCUGAUGGAUCUGUAUUCUCAGGGUUAUGAAAGGUCUUACACUGUCAACAGCAGUAUUUUAAAUGCCAUUGAGCCCCAUUUAAAGGACUUCCAGCAGCUUCUUCUGGAUCCCCCCAAGAAAAGUGCAAUAUUGACAACCGUUGGCGUUCUAGAGCAGCCACUGGGGAACGCCCGCCUUCACGUGGCCCGGCUGGUGGCCGCCCUACUGCAGACCAAUGCCCCCAGUAUGUGCCAGGAGCUCUGCAAUCUUGGCACCAUGGACCUACUACUGGAUCUGUUCUUCAAAUACUCCUGGAAUAAUUUUUUGCACUUCCAAGUGGAGCUGAGUGUGGCGGCCAUCCUGAACCACCCUUCGUCAGAGGAGCGGCCCUGUCCAGGCCUUCAGAACCACGAUGGCACCGCUGCAGCUUCUAACCCUGAGGCCCAGGGGGAGGCCUUGGAGACAGGCAGGACCGUUGACCCACAGGCCUCCUUCCACAACGCCCUUGUGGCUCAUCUCUUCCAGAAGUGUCGACUGGUACAGAGGAUCCUUGACGCCUGGGAGGAGAAUGAUAGAAUACAGGCUGAGGGAGGCACCAGGAGAGGCAACAUGGGUCAUCUGACCAGAAUUGCCAACAUGGUGGUCCAGAACCUAGAGAAAGGACCAGUACAGGCCCAGAUCACUGACCUCAUCAAAGAGCUUCCAGAGGACUGCAGAGGUCGCUGGGAGAGCUUUGUGGACGAGACCCUGAGAGAGACUAACAGGAGGAACACAGUCGAGCUGGUGAGCACCCACAACAUGCACUCAUCCAGUGAGGACGAUGACAUGGAGAGCCCCUUCCCCAAUGACCUGUCCCUCCAGCAGGUAGGAAGGACUCGUCGCCAUGGAAACAGAAUGACCCUUCACACAUCUGCCUUCUCCGACUAUCAGAUCCAACAGAUGACUGCCAACUUUGUGGAUCAGUUUGGGUUCAAUGAUGAGGAGUUCAGCGAGCACGAUGAAAAUAUUAAUGCCACGUUUGACAGAAUUGCCGAAAUAAACUUCAAUAUAGAUGCUGAUGAUAACAGUGCCAACGCGGCUGCUUUCGAAGCCUGCUGUAAAGAGAGGAUACGCCAGUUUGAUGAUGCUGAAGAGGAAGAGGACAUUUGGGAGGAGAACGAGAUCAACUAUGCAACGCAAGCUAAAUCCAGAACAAGGUUUGGUGUCUCCCAGACCUCAGAGGGAAGCUCCAGGAGCAGCAUGGAGAACGGAGGCAGGGAGCAGGACCGCGGGUCUGAAUCUGAUGAGGACGAGGACACGGAGCAAAACACGUCAGAAACAGGUCCAGGCUGGACAGCGAAUUUCAGGGACUCCGGGGGCAAUGCAGCCUCCCAGACCCCAACAUCUUGGGACAGCUCAGCUGGGAGGGGAGCACAGACACAGGACACCAACUGGGCCCACUUCACAGAGUUCCAGCCCUUCUCCAGGACGGAGACUAAUCCCCGGUGCAGCUCUCCUGUGGACGCACACGCAGAUAAACAAGCCAAACAAAACCACGACAAGGGCGAUGUUGGAGUCGGUCCUGGUGCUGGGACAGCAGGAGAAGGGAGGAAGGCUCCGAUCGUGGCCUCAGACAGCAGCUCCUCCGGGGGAUCUGACAGCGAGGAGGACGACAAAAACGCUGGUCCUCGUCCCACCGCAACCGUCGCCCCGGAAACAGCUGGCACCCCUGGCAACCAGGGAACUGACCUCAAAAGUGAGGAGAGUCCGGUGUCUCUAGAGAAACUCUCUCUUGCAGAUCCUAAAACCUCGGAGCAGCCGCCUGCUGGCGACUCUCCUGUAAACACACAGACUGACAGGAAAGAGGAGACGCCUCUGCCCCAGGAAGUGUCGGUGAACGGGCCGGUGUGAGCAGAACCACCAGCGGACCGUCAGCCUCCUCCAGAGUGACUCCCCCAAAUAACCUCACUGCAACUACGGUGUUUUACUGAAUCACUCUGCCAUCUUAUUGGACCUGGACACUGCCAAUCAACACCAGUACCGAGGCGGCCGAACAUGUAAAAAUAAAUAUAUAUAUGUAUGAAAAAUAAGAAGAAAAAAAAAACAACCAACAGAGGGAACGGGAGUGUAGAGGAGUCAUCGUCAAAGCCUUUUAUCCAAUGUUGCACAUAAUGACGUGCAGUUUUAAUGUAGCAGCGACCUUUGACACGACAGAAUCCGAAGGGGGUAACAUCAUCACGUCAUUAUUUUUUUAUGUCCUGAAAGAUUUUCUCCCGCUCCGCUUGGAGCUGUUGGAGGCGUUAGGGAUUUUACACGGUCGCCCCGAGCGGAGAGCACAGGCUCACUUUUAACGACGCCUCAACAAUAAAUACCUGUUUUUGAAAAGUUUUUUUUUCUUCUUCAAGCUUAAGAAAAAGCACUUAUGCAGCCAUUUUACUGUACAUGAUAGCACAAUGUAAGUGUUCGACCCUCAUCUCCGCUGGCUGUCUCGUCUGUCCUCUUCCCCAAAUCAAAUAGUCUUCAUUCCGUUGUUUUUCUCUCCGGUUGCGGUCGAUGACACGUCUCCUCGUGCUUCAGGAGGAGGGGGGCCGACGAUGAGCAGAGUUCAUAUAGUAUUACUGUCUGUUGCUCAUGUGCAAUAAUGUCAAUUAGCCAUUUUAUUUAAUAAUGAAAUUCAACAUGUUUUCCCCCCCAAAAAAUCAAUCUAGCAUUCAGACGCAUUUGGUGUCGGUUUGAUGGAACAUUUAGAUUUGAUCUGGAUUUUAUGUCUUUAAAUUCUUUUCUCUGGUGCAUGUGUAACUGGUUCUGUCGACCUAGCUCGUGAGCUACGACCUUCUGAUUGUAUUGACCUUUAAGUUCCUGUUACGAUCGCCCUUCAAUCAACCAAACAUUAUCUACCUAUAUACAAAUAUUAUCUACAUUUAACAGUAAUUUUACAAGCAAUCUUGAGAUUACUUUUGUCUGUUCCUCUUUUCCUUUCUCUCCACCGAGCACUUACUCACUGGGCGAGACUGAUGCUGUACCUUGUUGUUUUUCUUUUUUUAAAAAACCUUUUAAUUUUAUUUGUGAGCAGCAGGGUUGGAAAGAGGGUGGGUCUGCUGGGUUCUGUCGAGCUCCAGGCCUCUUCUGAUGUACUUACUACAAAUCAUUUGACAGCGAUCAGGUUCUACGAUCUUUGUUAAGAAAAAAAAAAAAUUGAAUUGAAAUUAAAAAGUGUCUGGUUGACCACAUUAAUACCAAA